CAGUAGUAGUUGGUGGACCACGGCGUGGGAAAAUUUUGGAUGGGAUGUAUGCCCUUGAAUUGGUUUGAGGUCACGGCGGUGUUGUUUAAUGGGUUGUUAAUGGGUUUUUAAUGGGUUUGUGUUUUGUUUGAGGUGGCCGCCUUGGCGCCGCCGCCGCUGCGCUAUGUGUACUUGUGGAAUUUAAAUUUAAAAAAUGCAUUGCCGCAGCGGAGAUUUGAACCGGGAACCUAUGGCGUGUCGGGUGUGUGACACUUCCACUAGGCUAUCGAGGUAAUUGUAGUUUGAUGCGCGAAAGUAUCUUUUAUGCGUACAAAAAAGUUAUUUAUAGAAUCUUUUGGUAUGUUUGCCUCCGCAUCAUGCUGCAGCGAUGAAUAUUUUUUGAAUUGAAUUUUAAUCCUAUCUUAGCCUACAUUGACAUUUCUUGAUAUCUUAUCUGUACUGCAUCGUUGGUGGGUGUCUGGAUGCUCACACGUAUGGUGGAUGUGCUGACGUAUAUGCGUACAAAAAAGUUAUUUAUAGAAUCUUUUGGUAUGCUUGCCGAGUAGUUGCUGGUUGUGAAAAAUGUAUUUGUGUGUGGUUUCUAAAGAAGAAAUUUUGGUUACAUAUUUGAUUUAAAGGGGAUAUUGAUGCAUUGAGAAAAAAGAAGAACAUUUGGAUUGUAUGUAGCUCGAUAUGGGAGAAUUAAAAAAUACAUUGCCGCAGCGGAGAUUUGAACCGGGAACCUAUGGCGUGUCGGGUGUGUGACACUUCCACUAGGCUAUCGAGGUAAUUGUAGUUUGAUGCGCGAAAGUAUCUUUUAUGCGUACAAAAAAGUUAUUUAUAGAAUCUUUUGGUAUGUUUGCCUCCGCCUCAUGCUGCAGCGAUGAAUAUUUUUUGAAUUGAAUUUUAAUCCUAUCUUAGCCUACAUUGACAUUUCUUGAUAUCUUAUCUGUACUGCAUCGUUGGUGGGUGUCUGGAUGCUCACACGUAUGGUGGAUGUGCUGACGUAUAUGCGUACAAAAAAGUUAUUUAUAGAAUCUUUUGGUAUGUUUGCCGAGUAGUUGCUGGUUGUGAAAAAUGUAUUUGUGUGUGGUUUCUAAAGAAGAAAUUUUGGUUACAUAUUUGAUUUAAAGGGGAUAUUGAUGCAUUGAGAAAAAAGAAGAACAUUUGGAUUGUAUGUAGCUCGAUAUGGGAGAAUUAAAAAAUACAUUGCCGCGGCGGAGAUUUGAACCGGGGAACCUAUGGCGUGUCGGGUGUGUGACACUUGCACUAGGCUAUCAGGGUAGUUGUAGUUUGAUGCGUGUAUAGCAUAUUCAUGCUUACAAAACAAAGUUAUUUAUAGAAUCUUUUGGUAUUUUUGGCGAGUAGUUGCUGGUUGAGUUAUUUAUAGAAUCGUUUUGGUAUGUUUGCCGAGUAGUUGCUGGUUGUGAAAAAUGUAUUUGUGUGUGGUUUCUAAAAAAGAAAUUUGGUUACAUAUUUGAUUUAAAGGGGAUAUUGAUGCAUUGAGAAAAAAGAAGAACAUUUGGAUUGUAUGUAGCUUGAUAUUGGAGUGUAAAUUAAAGGGCGAAGCAGCAGACGCAUCGGAAUAUGAUCAAUUGAAAAAUGCAUUUGUGCCGCCGUCGCCGCGUGCUGCAGCGAUGAAUAUCUUUUUAAUUGAAUCUUAAUCCUAUCAUAGCCUACAUUGACAUUUUUUGAUUUCUUAUCUGUAAUGCAUCGUUGGUGGCGGUCUGGAUACUCCCACGUAUGGUGGAUGUGCUGACGUAUAGAAAUUGGUUAUGUGCUAACUGUUUGUGUUCUUUUAAAACUGUUUAUCAAUAUGGAUUGGAUUGGAUAUCAAUGUGUGAUGAGGAUGACUGCUGGAUGUUUACUUUUGAUUUUAAUGAAAUUGUUUGUUAACUCUUCCCUCCUUAAAAUGUGAACGUCUAAUUGAAUCAUAAUCCUAUCUUAGCCUACAUUGACAUUUUUUUUGAUUUCUUAUCUGUACUGCAUCGUUGGUGGCGGUCUGGAUACUCCCACGUAUGGUGGAUGUGCUGACGUAUAGUAAUUGGUUAUGUGCUAACUGUUUGUGUUCUUUUUAAAACUGUUUAUCAAUAUGAACUGGAUAUCAAUAUGUGAUGAGGAUGACUGUUGGAUGUUUACUUUUUGAUUUUAAUUAAAUUGUUUCUUAACUUAUAUUUUGAUUAUGAGUACUCUUGAAUAUGUCACAGUGACCAAGAAUCGUUCUGUUUUGGAUUAUAUGUUUGAAAUCUUGGACUCGCCUGUAGGAUCACAAACCAUAAACAAAUUAUAUUGGUUUUCUAAGAUUAGAGUGGGGAUGACAAAGAAAUUUUGAGGAAAGGAACUUAGUAUAAAGAGUAGAGCAUUUUCAAAGUAAAAAAUUAUUCUUUUGAAUACGUUCAAGUGCAACACUUCAUUUUUUGAAUUUAUAAAGUCAUUUAAAAAAAUGUCAGGAUUUUUAAGUAAACUCAAGUCUAAGGUGUCGACCAUUAAACCUAAAAAGGUCUUAGCCCCAAAGAGGAAAAUCUAUAAAAGGCUGGUCCAGCUGGAGCUGAGGAAGAAGUAUAACAUCGUUCGGGCCUUUAGGCGGGAAUCGGAAUAUGGCCCCUCCAUCAUGCUGGAGUUGGAGGACUUUGAGGUUUACCUCCCAAAAAGGUGUAACAGCCAAAUGGAUGAUGGUGACAUAGAGGGGUUGGCUAAUUUAGCCUUUGAAGUUGUGGCCCCAUAUGGCCACAACUCAUUCCAUAUAGAUUUCCACGAGAAGGAAAAUAAGAAGCAAGAGCCAUCAAAGGAACAAGAACGACAACAACCCUCAACAACCCCCGAAAAUCAGCAAAUUAAAGAGCUACAACAACAACAGCAAGAAGCCAUAGCAGCCACGACACCCCCUAUUGAGGAACAAGAACAGCCACAAAUGUUCUCUUCUGAAGAGAAAAUCGAAAUUGUGAGUGAUAUCACAUCCACAAAUAAGAGGUUCAAUUUAAAGGGACGAAAAAUUGAAUUCAAGAUCCGCUCGAUACCCAAAAAUGAAGAACCAACUUCAUGGGUAAAGGAGGCAGUGAACGAGAUGUUGAAGAUUGCUACAAGUGAUCUAGCCCCCACAGAUAAAAUAGGGGUAACUUUUUGUGGGGAUAAUUUCUCAAGCGAGCGAGGCAGUGGCUGGAUUAAUUUCCGGGAUUGUGGAGAUUUGUCGUUCAACGAUGUAUGGACCAUGAUAGCGAGUAUAUUUCAAAGCAACUCUGAAGGGGUAAACACGGACCAAUUUUGUUUGGCAGUUACGGCUGUUAAAAUGCCCAGAGGCAAAGGAUCAAUUAAGCCCUCCUCUAUGUAUAACACAUUUGACGAAGAAUGUGCUAAACGUAAGGGGAUCUUACGUAUUGAGAAUAAGGACAACUUAUGUUUGCCAAGAGCAUUGAUAGUGGCCAUGGCAUAUGUUGAUAAAGAAAUCAACAUUCAAAAGCUAAGAAAGGAUGUUAGGAACGUCCAAACAGAAAGAGCUUUGAGACUCAUUACACAAAUUCAAAUAAGUAUACCAGAGGAUGGUUGCGGGAUUCCUGAACUGAAAAUAUUCCAAGAUCACCUAAAAGGCUACAAAAUCACUGUGUACGAGUAUGACACCAAGGGCAGAAAAAUAAUAUUUGAAGGUGUCUCUACCGCUAAUGGUUGUCUCGAAGAAAAAAAGAUUAAUUUGCUAUAUCACAGGAACCAUUAUUGUGUUAUAACAUCGUUGACGUCAGCAUUUUGCUGUAGUUACUACUGUGAAAUAUGUCAUGUGCCGUAUAACACGAAAAAUCAUCAUAGAUGUGUACGUUCCUGCCCCCAAUGUAAAAACGAAACUGCUUGCGUUAAAACAUCCUCUGAGAUUUUAUGUGAUAAUUGCUAUCGAAGCUUCAGAGGAAAGCAGUGUUUCGAUAACCACAAAGCAGGUGGAUCUACGAGUAACAUUUCUAUUUGUGAGCAGAUUAAAAGAUGUUCUUUAUGCUUAAAAACAUACGCAUCAAAUCGAGAACAUUAUUGUGAUGAAUACUUCUGCAAACAAUGUGACAAGCAUGUGCCAGGGGAUCAUCAUUGCUAUAUUCAACCAGACAAAAGAACACUUUGUUCUAAAAACUGUCUAUACAUAUUCUACGACUUGGAAAGUCGGCAAGAAAAAGAAAUUAAUAGUAGAGCUAAACUACACGAGCCCAACUUAUGUAUAUUCAAACAGAAAUGUGAUCAAUGUAUAGAUAUACCAAAUCUAUUUUUCUGCCAGAAAUGUAAGCAUUCACUACACAUAAUACGUGAACAAGAAGAAAAAGAAGGAUAUGUAAUAGAAAAGUUUUUGGAAUAUAUUCUGAAUGUCAGAAAAAAUUACAAACAGGUGAUUGUGAUAGCACACAAUGGCCAGGCUUAUGAUCAUCAAUUUAUUUUAAAUUAUGUACUGCAAAAAACAAGCCUUAAUCCCGAAUUACUUAUGCGUGGAACUAAAAUAAUUUUAAUGGAGAUUGGUAAUGUCAAAUUUCUGGACUCAUUAAAUUAUUUCCCAAUGGCUCUAUCAAAAUUACCCAAAGCAUUCAAUCUGCCAUCAGAAUUAAAAAAAGGUUAUUUUCCUCAUUUAUUCAACAUGAAAAUAAAUGAAAAAUAUACAGGGAAACUACCGGCUAUUGAAUUUUAUAGUCCGGAUACAAUGAGAGUAGAGGAACGAAAUAAUUUUUUGAAAUGGCAUUCAGAGCAUGCAAAUGAUUAUUUUGUAAUGCAGCAUGAGCUUGAAGAAUACUGCAAGAGCGAUGUGGAGAUAUUGACCGAGGCAUGUUUAGCAUUUAGAAAAUUAUUUCUAAUGCAAAAUAAUGUUGAACCAUUUUUGGAAGCAGUAACGAUAGCCUCCGCUUGUAACCUUGUUUUCAGGCGUAAUUUUCUUCUUCCUAACACAAUUGGCUUAAUACCGAGAAACGGUUACAGAUGUAUGGAUAAUCAAUCUGUAGAAGCAAUUAAGUGGAUGAUUUGCGAGGAGAAAAAGAGAAAUAUAACCAUACAACAUGCGUACAAAGGAAGAGAAGCUGUUGUUAAUGGCGUAAAGGUUGAUGGCUAUUGCACAGAAACAAGGCAGAUUUUUGAAUACCAUGGCUGCUAUUAUCACGGUCAUCCUCUCUGUUUAAAACACAAUCGUGAUAAACCACUUCAUGAAGACUCGAGUGAUACUCUCAAUCGGAGGUAUGAAAAAACCGAAUCAAAAAUUAAAAGAUUAAAAACAUACAAUUUUGAAGUUAUUGAAAUGUGGGGUUGUGAUUUUCAAAAUUAUUUAAAGACUAUGAGUAAGGAAGAUUUGCAGUGUUUAAAUACACAUCCACUUAUACAAAGUUCCCCGCUCAAUCCUCGUGAUGCUUUCUUUGGAGGUCGAACAGGGAAUACAUACAAUUAUUACAAAUGUAAAGAAGGCGAAAAAAUUCAAUACAUAGAUGUAUGCUCCCUAUAUCCAUGGGUAUGCAAAAACGGGAAAUUCCCCAUUGGACAUCCUAAAGUUCAUACUCAUUGUUCUGGCUUAAAACUAGAAGGUAUGAAUGGACUUGUAAAAUGCAAAAUUAUACCACCUGAGAAUCUACUUCAUCCUGUCCUCCCAAUGAAACAAAACAAUAGACUCAUGUUUUCAUUGUGUAGAAGUUGCAGCAGUGAAAAAAAUCAAGAACAAUGUUGUUAUCAUUCCGAGGAGGAAAGGGCCCUACUAGGAACAUGGGUAAUUGACGAAGUUUUGAAAGCAAUUGAAAAAGGCUAUAAAUUGAUUGAUGUUUAUGAAAUUUGGGAAUAUAAUGUAACCCAAUAUGAUCCAGACACAAAUUCUGAAGGAUUAUUCACACCAAUGAUGAACAAGUUUUUGAAGUUGAAACAGGAAGCAUCGGGAUGGCCUGUUAAGUGCUCAUCUUCUUUAGAAAAAGAGAAUUACUUAAAAGAAUUUUUUGAAAAAGAAAAUAUAGAGUUGGAAGAAUCAGAAAUUUGUGAUAAUCCUGGUAAAAGAUCUUUGGCAAAAUUGAUUCUGAAUUCAUUUUGGGGAAAAUUCGGACAACGACAAAACCAACAACAAACUUGUAUUUUGAGUGAUCCUUCGGAUUUAUUUCUUCUUCUUACAUAUCCUUCUAUAGAAGUAUUACAUAUUAUACCUAUUAAUGAAGAAAAAUUGGUAAUCACCUUUGAAAUGAAAGAGGAAGCCAUUGAAUAUUCAUCCCGAGUAAAUGUUUGUAUUGCAGCCUAUACGACAACCCUGGCCCGCCUUAAAUUAUACAGCUAUCUGGAAAAAUUAGAGGAACGAGUACUGUACUAUGACACUGAUUCUGUCAUAUACGUUAGCAGGGAUGGAGAAUUCGAGCCGCCUACUGGAGAAUUUAUUGGUGACAUGACCAAUGAACUGGAAACUUAUGGCCAGGGGAGUUUUAUAACAGAAUUUGUCAGCGGUGGUCCAAAAAACUAUGCGUAUAAACUUUAUAGUACAAACGAUCAUUUAGAACACAUAGUAUGCAAGGUAAAGGGCAUUUGUCUUAAUUUCCAAUCAUCACAAAAAAUCAAUUUCGAAUCAAUAAAAGAAGCAGUACUAAAUUCUUCAUCAUCGGACAAUGAAGGUAUAAUUAUUAAUUCUAAUAAUAUUCGACGUACACAGGGUCACCAAGUUGUGACUGUAGCGGAGACCAAAACGUAUAAGCCCAAAGCAGAAAAAAGACGUUUUCUUAGCAAUCACAGUUCAUUGCCAUAUGGAUUUAAAAGAGGAUGCAAAGAAUAAUUUUAUAAUUAAAUUAUGUUUUAUCUUCUUCUUCAGACUUUGAAAAUAAAAAAAAAAUAAAACUAAAAAAUAAAUAAAAAUAAAAAAAAAUGAACCAGAAU